AUUUAGAUCUUGUUGUAAAAGGAGAACAGACAAUUUUAAGCAAGGAAUUUAAACAAGGAAUCUAAGCAAGAUUAAUUGGAAAUGAUAACUCAACAACCCACAAUUGUGAACUCGCCCGUUCAAUCCAAACGUGUAAAGAUUAUUUCUAUAUUUGGAAUUGUUCUAAUCAUUGCUGGCGUUCUCACUCUUGGCUUCAGUGCCAGCAUAUAUGGAGUAUUGCGGAUAAAAGACACCCCAAUAAAUCAAAAUGGCACUUCAGUUCUUGCAUCGUUAUGGAUUAUCGCAACUGGUAUAAUGGGUGUGUGCAUUCAUUGCAAGUCAAACAGUCGAUGCUUAAUCGGGACAUUUAAUGCUUUUGUAAUUGCAGCUAGCAUUUUAUCUUUUGGAGCUGCUGCAGCAUCAGUAGCUGGAAUUGUAUCUUAUGCUGAAUGUAAACAAAUAACUGGGUUUUUCAGAUAUUAUAGUUCCUAUGGUUAUAAUUAUUAUCCUAAUUAUCAAUAUUACUCAUACUGGUCAAGCAGACUUUGCGGUAUGAGUCGUGAUUACGGAACAGCUGUAUAUUCUGUGCUUUUGGUACUACACCUGUUGGAGAUGGCGAUUUCAAUUACAGCCGCAGUGUUUGGAUUUAGAAUCUACAACUGUUGCAGUUCCAAUCAAGGACAAGACUCGAAUAUUCAGAUGUUUCAAGCAGCACCACAAGCUCUAAUUAUGCAAAACUAUCCUCAACAGCAAUAUCCAAUCUUUCAACCACAGCAAAACCAAAUGCUGGUUACGAACACGUCUGGUCAUCAAUUUAUGCUGGUACCUGUCACGUCGCAACAAACGCCAAUUGUAUCGCCAGUUCCAGUAAGCAAUGAGAACAUUGUCACUGCCCCAUAUUAAACCUAAAAUAAGAAUAAAUUGUACACUGAAGCUGGUAAAAGCCCACAGUGAGUGGUUCGCGCCGUCAUAAAACUAUCGUAAAAACGCCCUUAGUAACAGUUAUUUCUUUUUUCUUACCACUACGUACGCACUGUAUCUUUUAAAAGUAUAAAUAAAACGCAUUCACUAAA